AUGUCUCACAGGAAGUUCGAGGCUCCCCGUCACGGGUCAUUGGCAUUCUUGCCGCGCAAGCGCGCUGCCCGCCACAGGGGCAAGGUCAAGAGCUUCCCUAAGGAUGACCCCAAGAAGCCCGUCCACCUGACGGCCGCCAUGGGCUACAAGGCCGGCAUGACCACCAUCGUCCGCGACCUUGACCGUCCCGGUGCCAAGCUGCACAAGAAGGAGAUUGUCGAGGCUUGCACCGUCAUCGAGACGCCUCCCGUACGCCCAACGCUCAGAUCGCCAUAG